CCCCCCGCCUCCAUCUCUCCCUUCUCUAUUUAUCUACCCCCCCAUCUCUCUCUCUCUCUGUCUCUGCGAAGAUGGCGGACCGGGCGGAGAUGUUCUCUCUCUCCACCUUCCACUCGCUCUCGCCCCCGGGGUGCAGGGCCCCGCAGGACAUCAGCCUGGAGGAAUUCGAUGACGAGGAUCUCUCCGAAAUCACCGACGACUGCGGCAUCGGCCUGAACUAUGACUCGGACCACUACGAAAAGGACUGCCUGGUGCUGGAGAGGUGCGAGCAGCCCCACCCCACCUGCACCUUCCAGGAUGACUUCCAGGAGUUCGAGAUGAUCGAUGACAACGAGGAAGAGGAAGAGGAAGAGGAGGAGGAAGAGGAGGAGGAAAACGAGCUGGAGGAAGCCCCGCCCUCCCCGACCCCUUCCCCGAUCCCCGAGGAGACCCAGAAGCACCGCCCCACCACCCUCAACCUGACCGUCACUGGAACACAGGACUCCCUGAACAACAACAGUGGCUGCAACCCGGCUCCUCCUCCUCCUCCUCUUCCUCCGCAGAGGGCCAGCUGGCAGGAGACCCUCCGCCAUUCCUCCUCAUCUUCUUCCACCUCUGCCUCCUCUGCAAACCAUGGAGGGCGUGUCUCCCCCUCACACCCAUGUCUGCAAGAUGGGCCCUGCCUGGACUCCCAGGACAGCCAAGGCCAGCCGGGUUCGGGCCACGCUCCUUGCAAGCCACGCUUUGACUCCGAAGGGAACAGCCCUCCUGCUCCACCGGCUGGGGAGGACUACAACAUGAACAUCGUCUCCCAUUCUGGCCCAGGGCCCACAGAGGUUGCCCCACAGGAGCCCCAGCCCCCACAUGCCAGCCCCCGCCGGUCGCCGGCCACCGACAGCUACUGCGCAAGGUUCCAGAGGGAUGCGGUGACAUGCAAGGAGAGGGAGAAAGGAGCCGGAAGCCCUGUCACUUCUGCUGUUAGGGAGCCAGGGCAUGGACCUCCUGUUCCCCGCACUGACGGUGGUGGUACCCCGCUCUCCAAAGAUGAGUCAACAAAGGGCCAUCAAGAUGCCGGAUCUGAAGGUCAUCCGAAUGGAGAGGUGACAAGAGAGCCGCUCAGCUCCGAAGGAGAGGUCAGCCCCAGGAGCCGGGGGCUGCCCUCCGCCUCUUCAGACACAACAUCCCCAUCUUCGGACCCUGGCAUUGAGGCGGACCUCACCAGCCGGAACUCCAAGUCCUUCCCUCCAUGUGGCCGGCUUGGUGAAGACCUCAGCUCCCCGGGCUCCGACUCAGACGUGGAGGGCGAGAUCGAGGCCGCCUUUGCCUGUGGUGGCAACCGCAUGGCCAGCAACAUGAUCUCCAGCAUCUCGGAGACAGAGCUGGACCUCAGCAGUGACAGCAGCAGCAGUGGCCGCUCCUCGCACCUGACAAACUCCAUCGAGGAGGCCAGCUCUCCGGGGUCAGAGGGCGAGCUGGAGGGCGAGCUGGACACCCAAGGCGUGCUGGGCCUGAAGGAUGCCCUCCUGCUAGACGCCGGGCGCAAAGACCAGGAGGGCACUGAGCAACCUGCUGACCAGAUCAUGGUCCGGAGGGACAGCCUGGCUGGGCUCAAGAUUGAGGAGUUUGACGAGGACCCCUCUGCCCCCGUUGACCAGACUGACAUCUCCCUCUCAACUCACCUGGAGCUGGAGAUCAACCCUGAUCAUAGCCUGGAAAGCCUGAGGAGAUCCUUCUACCUGCCAGUGGGGCCAAAGCUCUUGCCAGAAGGAGACGACGAGGAAGAAGAAGCAAACACCGAAUAUGAUUCCGACUCAGACUCUGAGUCAGAGCCGGACCUGAGUGAGGACUCGGAUUCGCCGUGGCUCCUCAGCAACCUGGUUAACAAGAUGAUCUCGGAAGGCUCCUACCCCAUCAAGUGUGCGGAUGAGUGCUUCCCUGUGGCACACUCCAUCGCUGACACCAUCUCCCCAGCCUCUGACCUGGAGCCUGAGAUCCCCACUGAGGCUCUGGCAGAGAGCGAGCCUUGCCCACAGAAGAGCAUCGAGCUGGUGGACAUGGAGACCCUCCGUUGCUCCCUCCAAGGCGCUGAAGAGGAGAAGGUCCCAGAGCCCAAGGCAAGGGCCAAUUCUGCUGAGAAGGAACCGCUCUCUGGCGACCGACCCCCAGCCUACCUGUUCCUGAGCAACCCCACCAACGACACCAUCACACCCGUCUUCCCUGGGCGGCCGCUCUCGGGCUGCUGUGCAAACACGGGCCGGAGAACUGGCCCUAGCAAGACAGAGGACUGUGGGGAAAUUGGUGGGGACCCCUUUUCUAGCCUCCUGGGUGAUGGCGACCUGAUUGAUGACGUCCGAUUAGAGCGCAGUGAGGGGCUGGAUGUCUCCACGGCCAGGACCAAUCGCUGCUUCAGCUUGGCCUACUCCCCUGAGGAAGAGGAAGAUGAGGAGGUACCUCACCUAGGCAGCCUGAAGGACUCCCCAUUCUCAGAAGGACUCCCCCUGCCUCCACCAGCUGUAGUCCUGGAUGACUCCUUGGCCUAUGACUCCAUCAAGUACACCCUGGUCGUGGAUGAGAAUACCCAGCUGGAGCUGGUCAGCCUCAAGCGCUGCACCUCCGUCCUGAGCGACGAUGACAGUGAGCUGCUGAGGGCCUGCGAGGCCGGCGACCUGGAGGAUGGGGCCAGUGACUUUGGGGAGGGGCUGGGGGUGGCCCCCGACGGCCGGGGAUCCUCCUCUUCUUCCUCUGAGGAUUCCUCCCCCGAGGCAGACCUCCAUUUCUCCAAGAAGUUCCUCAACGUCUUUGUCAACAGCACCUCCCGAUCCUCCAGUACAGAAUCCUUUGGCCUCUUUUCUUGCAUGGUGAACGGAGAGGAAAGGGAACAGACCCACCGAGCCGUUUUCAGGUUCAUCCCUCGCCAUGAAGAUGAGCUGGAGCUGGAUGUGGACGACCCCAUCCUGGUGGAGCUGGAGGAGGAUGACUACUGGUACCGGGGCUACAACAUGCGCACCGGGGAGCGCGGCAUCUUCCCAGCCUUCUAUGCACACGAGGUGGUCAGCCCAGCCAAGGAGGUCACAGGCUUGAAGAGGAAUCCGUGCUGGAUGGAGCGCUUCAACGUCCAGUUCCUGGGCUCUGUGGAGGUCCCUUACCACCAGGGCAACGGCAUCUUGUGUGCAGCCAUGCAGAAGAUUGCUACCACACGUAAGUUAACAGUCCACCUGCGACCCCCAGCCACCUGCGACCUGGAAAUCAGCUUGCAGGGCAUCAAGCUUGUCCUGACAGUGAACGAAUACAGCCGGGACGAAGAGUUUGAUCGCUGCAGCCAUUUCUUCCAGAUGAAGAACAUCUCCUUCUGUGGCUGUCAUCCCCGGAACAGCUGCUACUUUGGUUUCAUCACCAAGCACCCCGUGCUGAGCCGCUUUGCCUGCCAUGUCUUCGUCUCCCAGGAGUCCAUGCGGCAUGUCGCAGAGUGUGUUGGCCGCGCCUUUCAGGAAUACUACCAAGAGCACCUGGAGUUUGCUUGCCCCACAGAAGACAUUUACCUGGAGUAGGAGGGAGUGAGCUGCCGUGCCUCCUGCUUCCGCAACCCAUCCAGAGACUCUGAACCCUCCUCCCAUGCCCUUGCCAGGCUCACCACUACACCAUGCCGCCAUCCUGACCCCGAUCCCUGUCACGGAAGGCGCCCCGGACGGGGAGAGAGAAAAGGCACCGCUGCUGGGCCCCUGGCAGUGCAACUGGCCCCUUUGCCCCCUUUCCCCCUUUUCCUCCCCAUCCCUCUUCCCUUCCCUAUGUCCCCACUUUGGCCAGGAGAGUAGGAGGAGGCCAUGCUCCUCUUGGGAGGCCUUUCCUUUUGGAAGGAGACCCAUGAGCAGAGCAGGGAGGGGGGUGCGACCCAGAGAAAGAACAGAGGAUCUACAGAAAGAGGGGCCAGGGAGUUUGCUGCUUUUCCGGAGAGCUCCAGCCUUUGCAUGGCGUCCCUUUUCGGGGCUGGGAGGAAGGCUUGGGGCAUGAUGAUGAAGGUCUGCCUAGUCCCCUCUUCUGGAAAGGUCCUCUUGUAAGUGGAGGGGGAGCAACAACACCCAUCACCCCCACCCCAUUGCAUCCCUUCCUUGUGGGGGGAUUGAGGGGCAUGGCCACCCCAGUCUUUGGGUUCUGUUCCCGUCCCUGCCUUUGACAUCAUCGCAAGUUGUAAAGAACUUGAUACCUUGCAGGGCAGGUUGGAGUAAGAUGUUUGUGUCUCUUUGCAUUUCUCCCUUCCUCUCUCCGUACACAAAACACACACACAUACACACACAAAGACACACAAUGGCUUCCAUCUUUGCAAUUCCAUGCCUUGCCUGGGUUUAGGGGAGGGAAGGAAGCGGUCCGAGGCAGGACCCUGCAUGCUGCAUGGGGGCAGAGGGCCUGUUUGUCUUUCUUUCUGGGGAGGAUGGGGAAGGCAAAGGGGGGAACCCCUUUCUCCUCUGAUGUAUAGGUUCUUGGGAGGGUUUUGGGGGGGGGGUCUCUUCUGUCCGGCAACCAUGGGUCACCCUCAUACUAUCGCACCCUUGUGUCUGAACCUGCGGUGGCACCAGAGAGAGCCGUUCACAUCCUUUGUGAACCGAAGGCAAUCUUGGAGACGUGGCCUGGCUCGGGCUUCCUGUCCUCUUGGUCGGCUUCCCCUUUUCCCCCAUGUCUCCCUCUCCCUUCCAUUUCCCCUCGCCCCCCAUCCCCACCCCAUAAGCCCCAUUGCUGUGCCUGGUGAACCCCCUUUGCUUGCCUGUCUCCACUCAGUACUAGCUGACCGAAUAGCGACGCUCACUGCUGUCCGUGUUAUGUAAAACGACAAUAUUUAUCCCUAACGUCCGAAACCAAGCGGAGCAGUGACCUGUACAAACCCCGGGCUCCAAAGGCCCCCUCCCUCCUCACUGCCUUGUCAUGGAGUUGGUCUUUCAAUAAAUAAUAUACGCUUGGUGUCACAA